ACCAGGAGAGGGCUGGGCCAGGGCCAUGGGGAUGUGAAGCACAGCCUGCACUAUGACCACACUCUGGAUCCUAAGCUGUCUGGCGCUGGUGGGCUCCGCACUUGGUUGUGGAGCGCCAGCCAUUAAGCCACAGAUCAGCGGCUACAACAAGAUUGUGAACGGUGAGAACGCUGUGCCCGGGUCCUGGCCUUGGCAGGUGUCCCUACAGGAGUCCACUGGGUUCCACUUCUGUGGGGGGUCUCUGGUCAGCCAGUACUGGGUCAUCACAGCUGCCCACUGCGGGGUCUCCGCCUCCCGACACAGGGUCAUCCUUGGUGAGCACGAUCGCCAGUCCAAUGUUGAGCAGAUCCAGGUCAAGACCAUCGCCAAGGUCAUCUCUCACCCCUACUACAACGGCCAGAACUUCAACAACGACGUCACCCUGCUGAAGCUGUCCUCCCCGGUCCAGUUCACCUCCCGCGUCUCCCCGGUGUGCCUGGCCACCUCCAGCACCAGCGUGCCAGCCGGGACCCUCUGCGUCACUACCGGCUGGGGGAAGACGCAGUUCACCUCGAGCCCCCGAUAUCUCCAGCAGGUGGCGCUCCCGAUACUCAGCCAGGCCCAGUGCAGGCAGCACUGGGGCCAGAACCGCAUUACUGACGCCAUGAUCUGCGGUGGAGCCUCGGGAGUGUCCUCUUGCCAAGGUGACUCUGGCGGGCCUCUCGUCUGUGAGAGGAGUGGAGUUUGGCACCAGGUGGGCAUCGUGUCCUGGGGCACGAGCAACUGCAACGUGCGCGCGCCCGCCGUGUACUCCCGCGUCUCCUACCUGCGCCAGUGGAUCGACCAGACUGUGGCCUACAACUAGGGAGCGUCACAAAACGGCCUCCACACCGGGAAAGUGUGCGGCAGCAAAGAGCCAGCCAGGGGGGAGAAGCCCACCGUCCGGUUGCUCUGCCAGCUUUUAAGUUUGAUCCCAGCACAAGUUGUGACCAAAUAAUAAAUGCGUUUAAAAAAAUAGCAAUUCAA